ACGAGGAGAACCCGCUCUGGUAAAGCCGUGGCCGGAGCUCCGUUCCAUAGUCGGUUUUUGCAUCUGACGCGCGGCGGGUGGACGUGGCCAGCCGCUGGGAGCGCGAUAUGCACGAGCGUGUCAUGUGACACGCGUGACAAGUGGUGCGCGGCCGCAGUGUUGCUGCACACAGGCGGAGACGGUUAUCUCGUACGGCAGUAGGAUAAGAGGAGAGAAAGAAGACGAGACAAAGAGAAGGGCAGAGAGAGAAAGAGGGAGAAAAAGUGGAGGGGUAAAGACGAAGGAAAAUAAACGUUCUUGCUUGCGUGCGUGUGUGUGCGUGAGAUUAUCGGUGCCGGUUUAACGUUUUCCAUACACCUGGACUAGCACCUCGCAAUCCUCGAGACUGCUCUCCGGUGUCGGUGCAACGCACAGCACGGUACAUAGUACGACACGGUCCUGGCGGGCGCAAUUAUGCUACCGGCGCGACAACGACGACGCGCCACCAGUAUCAUCAUCCACGCAUCGUCAUUCGCCACCACCGUCCGCAUCGUCGCUGUCGAAAGACUUGAUGAACCGCUCGCGUACGGUUAAACUCUCUCUUUGCGUUAUCGCCUGAUCCGUUUCGCUCUUCGAAACGAUAUUUUAUUCGAGAUAGCCUGCGGGGAAUACGAUCGUGAUUCUCAGCAGGUAGGUAGUGGAAACGGAAGAAGCGAAAGAGCUCGGCGAAAGUUCUUACAGCUGCGAAGACAAACGCAAACACGUGGUCGAGUGAUCGAUAUAUUUAACUGGUAGUGUGGAGGAGAGAAAGAGACCAAGAAAUAGAAAAAGUAGUCGUGUUUACGUAAAUAAAAUCUUUGUCCUUUAGUCAGUCGAUAGUACAAAAAGUCGACACUGUCGAAGAGAGAAAGAGAGAGAGAGAAAAGCGUGAUCGUAACGGACCGUAGUUCGAGAAAAUUCCUCGCGAGAAGCCCACCCGUCAGGACAUGGGAGAUCGCUGUACCCGUGCAAACCAUCAUAUUGCAGGUUUUAGGAAUGCGGGUGUGGGCGGCGAGGGGAGGUGAUGAUCCGCGCUUGAGGUGGUUGGUCUUUCUGGUCGUGGUGGUGGCGGUGGUGCAGGUCGCGAGUACAUCCUCGGACACGUCGUCGUCGUUCACGGGUACGUCUACGUCGUCACGAGUAGAAUGUCCCGAUGGAUGCGAAUGCGUGGACCCCAACAAUGGUGGUGGUCUGAGGUGCGCGGGGCGCAGCUUCGCCAAUCUCGUCUUGCCGCAAAACGUUACGAGCGUGUCGCUGAGAGACGUCCCGGCCACCGUGAUUCGGACGACCGAUCUAGAAGGGGCCACCAGGCUGCGAAGUCUGACCUGGUCGUCGAGCGGCGUCGAGAGAGUGGAGUCGGGCGCGUUUCGCGCCACCGCGCACCUCGAACGACUCGACCUAGGUGAUAAUCAGCUGACCGACUUCCCGUCGGACGUCUUCCAUCCAUUGCAUCAACUCGAGUACCUGAACCUCACUGGAAAUCGGCUGGUCGCGCUGUCGCAGCAGUUGUUCCACCAUCUGGAUCGCCUCCAGGAAAUCCGUCUGGCGGCAAAUCUACUUUCCGUACUGCCCUAUCAGGCGUUUGCCUUCGCCAAGGAGCUCGUGCGGCUCGAUCUCUGCGAAAACCGGCUGGUCUCGCUACCAGACCAUAGCUUCCAACCGAAUCGACAGUUGCAGGAGCUACGAUUGGCCAGUAACCGACUGACAAAGCUCCCAUCACGGUUGUUUUCUGGUUUGGUGCAACUGAAAGUGCUCGAUCUCGCCAACAAUGAGAUCGAUGCGUUACCGCGUAGCCUCUUCAAUGACCUCACGGCCUUGGAGCACCUCAAUCUUGGAAAUAAUCCGAUUGUCCAUCUCACGGAUACCGCGUUUCAAGGUCUCGUCAGUCUAAGAUGGCUCAAUCUGAGUCAUUUGCCAAUCUCGUCGUUGCCCGGUAACAUCUGGCGACCUGUCAAUAGGCUGAGAACUCUUCUACUAUCCGGGACUAAACUGGAGAAUCUUCGGAACAAUAAUCUGGCCGGCCUGGCCGAAUUGGAGACCCUGGAAAUUACGGAUAGUCCGCUACGCGAGAUCGGCCAGUUGACUCUGAACGAGACCCCGUCCUUGCGUAGAAUCGACUUGCGUAACAACGAGUUGACUUUCUUACCAGCGAAUGUGGCACAUCUGCCGUUGCUGAACGAGUUGCAAUUGCAAAGCAACUCUUGGGCCUGCGAUUGUCGUAUGUUUUGGUUUAUCAAGUGGGCGGAGAACAGAGCGCACCAUCUGCGUGGUGCAACUUUCCAGAGCGGACUCAAAUGCGGCCACGAAGUGGAUAGCACCGUAGACAUGCUGCAGACAUUGCGCUAUCUUGAAUGCAGCCCGCCGAAUCUCGUGCAAGCUACCAAAACUCAGCAGUACCUCCUCUUGAGUUCGGUGCUAUUGGAAUGCGAGUUCAGCGGAAAUCCCGCGCCCUCUUUAACUUGGGUAACCCCGAGUGGUCUGGUGCUACAUUGGGUGCCGGAUCCAGGCUUUCCCGACGCGUUCAUAGAACAUCCAAAGGUGCACAGCUGGUUGUCGGAUCAGCCGAUCGUCGAUGACGGCCGUAUUCGCGUCUUGGAGAAUGGCUCCCUUUACAUUGCGACGCUGCUGCGGCAGGACGUGGGCAAGUACAAGUGUACGGCGGUCAACCCGAUCGCCAACGAGACCGUUUACGUGACGCUGCACAUGGACCCAGUUACUUUGCACAAUAUCAAGAUCUUUAGCAUUCUCGUCGGCGCGAUUUGCACCGUGGCAUUUCUUCUGCUGACAUUAGCGGUGCAGCUGCUGCGGUACUUGUUCGUAAAGUGCGGAUGCAUCAAGUGUUGCCUGUGCUGCAGACGCGUGGGCGUGACGCCACGAGCCAAGCAGAUCUACCAGAUGCUUGACAACAUCGAGCAAUAUAAGAGCCAGCAACUCGAAAGACUGAGGGAAAAUUACACACAGCAGGUACACAGAAUUAAGGACAAUUGCGUUCAGCAAGUGGAAUGGAUCCGAGACAGCUACGAGGGUCAAAUGCAACAUAUACGAGACAUACGGGACUACGGUACCAGCCACCUGACCGCACUGAGAGAUCAGUACUACGAUCAGGUGAAAAGGGUACGGGACUAUUCCACCAGCCAACUGAACUGGGUACGCGAGAAUUAUGUCUUCCAACGGAACAAGAUCCGCAAGUUCAGCGCCCAUCAAGUGUUGCGGUUACGCGAGAGUUACAAGUACCAGCAGCAAACGCUGGCUAAGGUAUUGGAGAACUUGCCGAAUCUGUACUUUGACAAUUGCCGAAGCGGCUCGUGCGGUAAGAGCGACUCCAUGGUAUUCGACCCUACCAAGGAUGACCUCAAUGGCAUGGAUACCUAUUUCAAGGCGAAGAUCGACGGUCUGGUGGCGAGUACGAGUCUGGAGGACGUCAACAGCGAGUAUUACACGCCGACUGAACUAUCGUCGACCAGUCCACAUGGUCAGAGCACGAUAGAAGGUAUUCAUAUCAAUUACAUCGAAGAAAGCUGCCCGCCGCCGUUUCUGGGACCGCCUACAGUGUUACCCGCUUCGAUGGUGCUACAAUGUAUUAACGAAUACGGCAGCACGUCAUCCGUGACCAGAAACCACGUGAACGACAAGCCGAUAUUCCGAGGUUCCAAUGGUGCAGUCUUGUCUAGAGAACCUCGGAAAGAGAUUCCAGAAGUCUUGGGACUUUUAGCACCUAGCAACAGUCUACCUGAUCUUCCACGCGAAACUAAACUCUAGCCGGCAAAGAAACUAAAGCGCAUUAAAGUGGCCAAGAAUGGGUUCCUGCUACCAUUUAAGUUAUCAGAAACAUAACAAAAGAGAAAUUGUUUUCAAACAAUCAAUAAGAAUGAAACGUAAUAGAAUGAAAUCACUAUCCUGCGUCCGACAAGUGGGAAUCACGUCUUCGAUAUCGAGAAGUUCACUUGAAGCUUCUUCCGCUUUUGUACGACUGAUUCGAGAAGAGAGUGCCCUAGAAGACAGUUCAAGAAAAAGAUUCGUGUCAGUGCCAAGAAACGAAAGAUCCUUCUUCUGCCGAGAUCAAUGACUGUUGAUCGAUCAUAAGAAAAAGUGUGUGCGUGUACUAAUCUAGAAAAACAAAAAAAAAUUGCGGACAGUUUCCAAGGACUUCUCUUGAUACAGUCGACCUUGCAACCUGUCCGCCUUUCGUUAAGCAACGUGUGCUUUUUUUUCAUCGGUGUCAUCGUUUUUAGAUAACUGUCAUCUGAGAAGAUAAAAAAAAGACGCAAAUUGCAUUUUUGCGUCAUCUCGUCAACUCGGCGGUAAAUUAAAAUUUCCUCUUACAAGCGCCGAGGAAGAACUUCCGCCUAGUUGUCAAUUCCACGAGUCUCGAGAUUGCAAGUUCCACAAAGGAUUCAAUCUUUUCUGUAAAUAGAUGCGUGCGUGAAAGUUUUAUGUAUUCAGUGAUACCGCGGGAAAAAAGUCGGAUUAUCCUCUCAUUGCGAAAGACUGAGGCGGCGAGAUCGACACGGCAGCAAUCACUCGUUUUAAUGUUUUUCGUCUUCUUCGUCUCGAUUUUCUCGCGAAUAAAAAGCGGCGAAAAACAACAGCGUACGGUUGCUCGUGUCCUUUCCUUUCUUUUUUUUAACUGCUUGUGUUUAGCGUAGUAGGUUAUAAAUUGUUUGAGACACAGAAGUAUGUACAUGCUUAUAUACAGAAAAAAAAAGAAGGAAACAUAAGAAAGUAACUAACGUACGUACUUAAUUUUUUUUUAACGUAGUAACACAUCUCUCCAACCGGUCGGGUUUAUAGUUCACGCAAAAAAGAAAAAAAAGAAAAAAUUAUAAUAAAAAAAAAUUUAUAUUGGCUUAGAUCAUUCAAACAAGAAACAGUGUUUCAGAGAAAAAAAUUGUAUGGAUUUAGUUUCAACGAAGUUGCUUUUAUACAAAUUUUGCAAGAUGCGCUCCUUUGUUGAAUAAAUCCUGACGGAUCGUCGCCAAGCA